AUGGCUUCCAAAUGCCUCAAGCCUGGCUUCUCCUCGGGGUCUCUCAAGGGCCCACCCCGCGUGUCCGCCGUGUACUCCAGCAGCUCCUGCAAGCUCCCGAGCCUGUCCCGCGGGGCCCGGAGCUUCUCCGCCUGCUCCGCCGGGCCGGCACUCUGCCUCCCGUCCGGGGGCUUCGCCACCAGCUACAGCGUGGGCGGGGGCUGGUUCGGGGAGGGCGUCCUCACGGGCAGCGAGAAGGAGACCAUGCAGUUCCUCAAUGACCGCCUGGCCAGCUACCUGGAGAAGGUGCGGCAGCUGGAGCGGGAGAACGCCAGCCUGGAGGGCCGCAUCCGCGAGUGGUGCGAGCAGCAGGUGCCCUACCUGUGCCCCGACUACCAGUCCCACUUCCGGACCAUCGAGGAGCUGCAGAAGAAGACCCUGUGCACCAAGGCAGAGAACGCCCGGUUGGUGGUGCAGAUUGACAAUGCCAAGCUAGCCGCUGAUGAUUUCAGGACCAAGUAUGAGAUGGAGGUGUCCAUGAGGCAGCUGGUGGAGUCAGACAUGAACGGGCUGCGCAGGAUCCUGGAUGAUCUGACCUUGUGCAAGGCUGACCUGGAGGCCCAGGUGGAGUCCCUGAAGGAGGAGCUGCUCUGCCUCAAGAAGAACCAUGAGGAGGAAGUAAACUCACUGCGCUGCCAGCUUGGUGACCGGCUCAAUGUUGAGGUGGACGCUGCCCCGCCUGUGGACCUGAAUCGUGUUCUGGAUGAGAUGAGGUGCCAGUAUGAGACCCUGGUGGAGAAUAACCGCCGGGAUGCUGAAGACUGGUUCAACACCCAGACCGAGGAGCUGAACCAGCAGGUGGUGUCCAGCUCGGAGCAGCUUCAGACCUGCCAGGCGGAGAUCAUCGAGCUGAGGCGCACGGUCAACUCCCUGGAGAUUGAGCUGCAGGCCCAGCAGAGCAUGAGAGAUGCUUUGGAAUCCACCCUGGCGGAGACGGAGGCCCGCUACAGCUCGCAGCUGGCCCAGAUGCAGUGCAUGAUCACCAACGUGGAGGCCCAGCUGGCCGAGAUCAGGGGAGACCUGGAGCGGCAGAACCAGGAGUACCAGGUGCUGCUGGACGUCCGGGCCCGGCUGGAGGGCGAGAUCAGCACGUACCGGGGCCUGCUGGAGAGCGAGGACUGCAAACUGCCCUGUAACCCGUGUGCUCCGGAACCCUCGCCCUCCAAGUCAUGCAUCCCCUGUCUUCCCGUGGCCUCCUGUGGUCCUGGUGCAGCCCGCACCACCUGCAGCCCCCGCCCCAUUUGUGUGCCCUGCCCAGGAGGCCGGUUCUGA